AUGGCUGACCCGUACCACUACGCUUCAGCAGCCGAUGCGUAUAGCAGCCACAACACCAAUCCCGCCCACGCGACCAACGAGUCGCCCUUUGACUAUCCCGUCCGCGCCUCGAUCGAUUCUCCCUAUGCAUCUGGCACUGGCAUUGGCGCAUACGAUGCACGCACCACCAACUCGUAUGGAUACGCACCUGCACCCGGCGAUGACCCCCACCAUCACGACGAUGAUGACGAGGAGGGUGACGAGGAGGAUGAAGACUGGAACGUCUAUGAUGAUUUCAACAUGACCCGGCCCAUGCCCCAUCGCAGCUCAACCUCGGGCCUCACCAGCCAGAACGAUGCCUAUUGGGAUGCGAGCAAGCCGUCGCUCGUCGAGACCCCUUACUCGGAUCUUGCGCCGCUGCCUGUUCCUGUGGACAACAACCAUCGCAAAUCGUUGCUACCCUCAGAAGCGUUUGGAUUCGAUGUGCGCAAUGCCGAUCCGCGUCGAUCCGUCAUCCAGCAGAACAAAGGCGCCAAUCGCAACAGCACCUACUCUGCUGCUACUGCGGCAGGCGGUGGACCGGCGGCCAGCCACACCAUCAGCGGAAUGGGUCCUCAGCACGCCGACUCUACCACGGGCAUCGAACUCAUCACCGUGCCCGCCCUGGGUAACGAGUACACAAAGGAAGAGCUGCGCGACAUGACACGCACCUCGAAACGCCGCAAGAAGCGUUCCAACCGACGCAAGCGCUGUCAGCUUUGGGUCUCGGGUGAGGACCAUCUGUGGGGCUGGCUCAGUCCCCGCGUAGCCGUGUUCAUCGCCUUUUUCUCCUUCGUUGCGUUGGGCGUCAUGUUGUACUUUGUUAUCCCGCGUGUGCCUACGUUUGCGAUUCUCUCGACCAAUCCAGUGGUGGCCAUUCCGAACGGCGCCAGCAUGCAGGUCAGCCACUCCCCCACCAACUUCAGCAUGCAGAUGGGCUUCAAUCUGCGCGCGUCCAACCGCGGUGGCUGGAUCUCGUCUCGUGCGACCGAUCUGACGCUCAAAGUGACCGACCUCAACACAUUCAUCAAGGUUGGCGAGGGCAAGAUGGACGGGUACACGUUCGCGGGCAGAGGAAACACGCCGUUCCAGUUCCCCGUGCAGUUCAGCUAUGUCAGUCUCAACACGAGCGGCGACCAGACUUUCCAGGAUUUCUAUAAGGGCUGUGGGCCGAAUUACGAAGGUACCACCCGGCCGACGUUGAACUUGGGCCUCGAGUUGGGCAUGAAUAUCAAGGGCUUGUUGGGCAGGAAGAGGACGAGCAGUCAGGUGAACGAUGUCACUUGUCCUUUUGUUUUGCAGAAUUACCAGUAG